GGUGCGCCGGGCCGCUAGGCGGGCGCCGGGCGCGGGUCCCGCGGGGCUGGGCGCCUAGGCCUGUCUCCGGUCAAGCAGCGGCGAGAGAGCGGGCACCCGGGCGGCGGCGUCCUGGAGACCCCGGAGAGAUGGAAACGGCGGCGCCGGCGGCGGCCGAAGCGGCGGGGCGCGAGGAACUAGAUAUGGAUGUGAUGAGACCUUUGAUAAAUGAGCAGAAUUCUGAUGGGACAUCAGAUGAGGAGCAUGAGCAAGAACUCCUGCCUGUUCAGAAGCAUUACCAGCUUGAUGGUCAAGAGGGCAUUUCAUUUUUACAAACUCUUAUGCAUCUUCUUAAAGGAAAUAUUGGAACUGGCCUUUUAGGACUUCCAUUGGCAAUAAAAAAUGCAGGCGUAGUGCUUGGACCAAUCAGCCUUGUGUUUAUAGGAAUUAUUUCUGUUCACUGUAUGCAUAUAUUGGUACGUUGCAGUCACUUUCUAUGUCAGAGGUUUAAAAAGUCAACAUUAGGUUAUAGUGACACUGUGAGUUUUGCUAUGGAAGUGAGUCCUUGGAGUUGUGUUCAGAAGCAAGCAGCAUGGGGACGGAGUAUGGUUGAUUUUUUUUUGGUGAUAACACAACUGGGAUUCUGCAGUGUUUAUAUUGUCUUUUUAGCUGAAAAUGUGAAACAAGUGCAUGAAGGAUUCUUGGAGAGUAAAAUAUUUGUUUCGAAUAGUACCAAUUUGUCAAACCCGUGUGAGAGAAGAAGUAUUGACCUAAGGAUAUACAUGCUUUGCUUUCUUCCAUUUAUAAUUCUUUUGGUCUUCAUUCGUGAGCUAAAGAAUCUAUUUGUACUUUCAUUCCUUGCCAACAUUUCCAUGGCUGUCAGUCUUGUGAUAAUUUACCAGUAUGUUGUUAGGAACAUGCCAGAUCCCCACAACCUUCCCAUAGUGGCUGGUUGGAAAAAAUAUCCACUUUUUUUUGGUACUGCUGUAUUUGCUUUUGAAGGCAUAGGAGUGGUCCUUCCACUGGAAAACCAAAUGAAAGACUCAAAACGCUUCCCUCAAGCCCUGAAUAUUGGCAUGGGAAUUGUUACAACUUUGUAUGUGACAUUGGCUACUUUAGGAUAUAUGUGCUUUCGUGACGAAAUCAAAGGCAGCAUAACUUUAAAUCUUCCCCAGGAUGUAUGGUUAUAUCAGUCAGUGAAAAUUCUGUAUUCCUUUGGCAUCUUUGUGACAUAUUCAAUUCAGUUCUAUGUUGCAGCAGAAAUCAUUAUCCCUGGAGUCACAUCCAAAUUUCAUGCUAAAUGGAAGCAAAUUUGUGAAUUUGGGAUAAGAUCCUUCUUGGUUAGUAUUACUUGUGCUGGAGCAAUUCUUAUUCCUCGUUUAGACAUCGUAAUUUCCUUUGUUGGAGCCGUGAGCAGCAGUACAUUGGCCCUGAUUCUCCCACCUUUGGUUGAAAUUCUUACAUUUUCUAAGGAACAUUACAAUAUAUGGAUGAUCCUGAAAAAUAUUUCUAUAGCAUUCACUGGAGUUGUUGGCUUCUUAUUAGGUACAUAUGUAACUGUUGAAGAAAUUAUUUAUCCUACUCCCAGUGUUGUAGCUGGUACACCACAAAGUCCUUCUCUGAAUUUGAAUUCAACAUGCUUAGCAUCUGGUUUGAAAUAGUAGAAAAAGAGUUAUGAGUCUUCUACUUUUGUCUCAGUUUUGAAAGUAAUUAAAAUAAAAAAGUAAAAUACACGUUACCAUAUACUUAAAAAUAGCCCAGUACCCCCCAUUUUUGGCACAGUGUUAAUUGGCAGAAAACUAUAAUACUUUACAGUAGUGGUGAACUAUGACAUGUUUUAAAUAAUAUUAAUAAUGUUUAAAAUACUUUGGAAAAUUGAAAAAAUUAAAAUAUAAAAAAGUAAAAAUAUUUCUAUCAUUUGUCAUUUCAGUAAGAAACAUUUUAAUAAAGAUCUCUGUCUCUUAACCCAUGCUACCUUUUUUGCCACCAAGUUGAGGAGAUAUAGGACUUCAAGAGUUUGAGAAUUAAAUCAGGACAUAUAUAACAAAUGUCUCUCUCCAUACCAUCCCAGUGAAUGUCAGAGUAAGCUUUAUGUAUAAUGUAAGAAAAUCUGGGUUGUCUUAUUAAGUGUUUAGCCAGUACUUACAAUCAGCCCUCCAGUGGAAAAUUCACACUUAAUAUGAUGUAAGUAUCAGAAAGUCCCCCAAACAGAAUUAUUUUUAACACCAUACUGUAUGGCAAGUGAUUUUCAUACCAGUUAGGAGGCACUUAGCAAGAUUCUGAUUUAGUGUUUCAGUCAGGUUUGGAAGGGACUUUAAAGGUUAUCCAGUACAAUUCCUUUAUUUUUCAUCAUAGUAAAUGAAGUCCCAGAAAGGUUCAGCAAGUUGGUCAAGGCCACUCAGGCUUGAGAACAAGAGAACCUGAUCUCUUGACUACCAGACCAGGGUUUUUGUUUUUCAUGUCACAUCCAAGAAGAAUAAAUUAUGUUCAGCUUAAUUUUAUUGUUGAGUCUAUUUAAUUAUAUUUUCAUACUUUGAAAGUGGGUGUAUAAUCUUUGAAUAGUAUAGAUCACCUGAGCAGAAAACCGGAAACUAAGAACCUUGCACUGUGGCUUCAUCCACCUCAGCAAGGGAAAGAAGCAGUUUUUUUUUAUACAGAAUUGAGACCAUUGCUCCUACGAUGUGGUGGGCUAGAAUGUGCCAUACUGCAAUUUUUGUGGCUUGAGCUCUCCUUAUCUUCCUUCUCUUCCCACAGUUUCAUUGGCACCAUCUUCCUUAAUGGCAGAAAUAGAUAUUUGACAGAAUACAGGACUUGUGAACUCUUUCAGCCCGUGACUUUCCUUCUUACAGUCUUUAAUCUCAAUGGGCAGAAUAAAAAACAAAAAAAUACAAUGCAUGCAUAGGAGAAAUUCAAACAAUAACUGAAUAUUGAGAUACUCCAGGUAUCUUCCAGAGGAAUACCUUCUAUCCUUCCAUAUUCUUCAAGCACACUUAAUAACUGAAAUAAAGAAUCUCAUUUGAUAGGGAAGAUGAAAAUUAUUAAGUUUAAAACAUAAGGAAAAUAAUUUCUUCUGACUUAAAAAAAUUCAAACUUUAAAACAUGAACAUUUUAAUUGGCCUGGUGGUAGUCUAAUGGGUAAUGCUGCAAGAUGCCAUUAAACUCACUGUAGAGACUAUAUUCUCUAUUUUUGUAUGUAAAUGUUUACUUAGGUAUUUUUUGCUUAUAUCAUCCACAUCAUCAAAUAUGAUCCUAAAGAUAUAUCAGAAGCUUUAUUUUGCUACAGAUUCAUAAGAAUCAAAACUUUUAAAAAACAUUGCCAAUAAUAGUUUUUAUAAUACUUUUAUAUUAAAUCUGUUACAUUGAGUCUUUAAUCAUACUAAGAGAAUAUGGAAGAAGUUAUAGCAAAAGUAAUCUUCAUUGAAACUAAUGUUAUAUAAUCUUGAAUCUAAGAAUAAAUUAGAUGUUUAAAAACUUUAUAAGUUGGUGUAAAAUGAUUCAAAAACCAUUAUUUAAUGGAAAGUAGCAUUAAUUUUUUUUGUCACUAAUUUUUGUCAUGUAAUAUUUCUAGUCUGUGCAGUUUUAUUUUUAUACUUUUACCUAUUUAUUUCCUUGUGGAAUUAAUCAAAAGUAAUGAAAUUUUUAACAGUUUAUAAUAAAAAUAACUUUUACAUUUAGCAUUAACACAUCUUGAGCAUAUUAUCAACCAGGCUUUCACAUGCAGUGAUAGUGCUGACUCAACAUCUAGUUUGAAAGUCACUAAAUUAUCAGCACGCUACAAGAAAAAGUUGAAAUUCAGAAAGGAAGAAGGGCUAAAAAGGGAGAAAGUAGUUUUAAUUCUUAACAAGAUACACUAUUUAAAUGCAAUGUUUCAGUGCAUUGUUAUUUAAGGAUAUUUGAUAAUAUACCGUGUACUAUCCCAUAAUCAUUACAGAUUUUUUUUAAAAAGUGGGGUACAACCAUGAUGUGAAGUUUUUUUAAAAAAAGUAUUGUGCUGGUAUUACUUAAAAAUCAUUUAUUACUAAGCUGUCUUUAGUGGAAGAUCAGGAUGGAUAGAACGCUCAUGAAUAUGCAUUAGUGCAGUGGCAGUGAUUCUGCAGUGAAAUACGCAUUUAUCAUUGGUAAUAUUUUCUCUGAAAUUUAAUUUAAAUAAGUCAUAACAUUUUCUAAAGAUUUUUGGAGAAUAUAUUUUGAUUGUAUCAACUGUUGUUUUUACUUUGGGAGCCUGGAGAAAUGAGAGUGAUUGUACCUGUUGAAUUUUGUGUCUGCUGUUUUUUGGUCCUUCACAAUAUGGCAGACAUGACAGCUUCUGUCUACUACACAGAAAACUUUUCUCUGAAAGUUGUUAGUUGACCGAGUCUCAUCUCUACUGCUUGGGUGGGGGAGGGGAGAAAAGCUUUAUUUACCUCUGUUGAGUUCUGAUCUUACCCAGUUAUCUCUGCUCUCUUACACCCAGAGUUUCAUCAAGAUCAGAGUCAACUGGUUAAAACACUGCUUCCCAGAUAUUUUGUUUUAAAUCAGGGGACCUUUUUCCCUCAUGGCCAGAUUUCUUCACAAUUAAAUACGAGUUGUUGGGUAAAGAUUAGUUUAGAUGGUGUUACCAAAUGAAAAUAAGUACUGUAUUAGCAAAUGCCACAUUACGUUUUAAUUCUGUCCUCAGUUCUUCCUUUAUUAAAAUGAUCUCUGUCUCUUGCUUAGACAGUGCACUUAAAGUUUUACAAGAAGAUUAGAUACUGCAUAUGUUACAAAUUUUCUAACAGGAUUUGAUUUUCCUCAAUAUUUGCUUAACAUUUACAUAGAAACUCUUUAACUUUAAAGUACUAUAAAAUAUUAACUUUCUAUAUUAGUGCCAUCUCUAGUGGUGGAAAAACACAAAUCUUGCUAUAGCUUACCUGUCAUAUCUUUGACCACCGAUGUCAGUGCAGCAGCUGAAUAAUGCAUUUGCUGAUAGUAUGUAUCCAAAUUCUAUUUCUUUAUCUUUCAUUUUUCAUUUAAAAGGGAGAAGAUACAGAAUAGAGCUAAUGUAAAUAGAAAAUAAAAUUAUUUAAAUAAUACUAGUAUUUCAGUGAAUAUUUUAUCUGUUGAGGAAUAAAAUAAUUGCUAAAAAUAUACACUGAUAAUAUAAAAUGAUGUUUUUUAAAAAAUGGGUUUAUUUUGUUCUUUUUGGCUCCCCCUUUAUAUUAUAAUUUGAGAAAGUGAUCUAAAAGAUAUAAGAUACUUCUAACAUUAAAUGACAGACUGUAAUAGUUAAUGCUUUAUAGAAUUAUGGUUAGUCAAAUAUAAACCACUAGCACUUACUAGGUCACAUAUCCUUCUGAAACUAGUUGAUUUUGACCUAGGAGAUGAGAAGAUAUGCUUAAGAAAGGACUAGACAUGGUAUUUGUUGUCCCUCAAAAGUGACUGAUGACUGAUGGCUCUGAUUCUUCAAAUUUAUGUUAAAAUAGGCUAAUUAUUCCUGCUGGCAUGUGUGUAACCACAUGUAUAUACACACACAACAGUAGUUCAUGUGAACUAGAUACAAAUAUAAUUUACCAUUUAAAUUGGAUCCAGAAAGAUGAUGUAUUGGAAGGAUCACUCUAAAAAAAUACUGCAUUUGAGUUUUCUAGAUAACAACUAGGAAAAUAUGUGCUUUUGACUUAAACAAAUCAAGCUGUGGAUUUUUUUUUUUUCAAAAGGAUUUUGUUAGUUUGAGAACUAAAUGUUGUGCUCGAGUCAAUUGUUUUAUUUUUCUUUGUAAAAUAAUAUGAGAAAGUCUGUCUUAGUACUGUAAUGCUUCUGAAUUUUCAAUAAAACAUAAUUAUUUUGCUUGCA